AUGGAUCCACCUCAGUUCAAGUUUGAAGCAUUACCAGCCUGUCCAGAGGCUAUUAGCUCUCAUGGCCCAGGUGCUACAUCCAAUGAUGAUGAGUCGGAGAUCAAUUCUAAUAGUGGUGAUGGUGAUGAGAGUAAUGAUGGUGGUGAUGAGAGUAGUGACGAUGGUGAUAAGAGGAAGGAUAAGACAGGCUAUCUACACCCUAAACUCAACCCUGUCCUUGAAGAACGUCUUCGGUCAAUGAAAGACUUCCUUGUCCUAUUUACCGACCUCAAUAACACUUCAAACUGGGGCAAGGCAGCCCUGCAAACUGCGAAUCUACUUGAAAGAGGUGAAUAUCUCACAUGCUGCCUCUGUCAAUGGACAAAGGCAUAUAUCCAAGAUCGAAAAAAUUUAACUCUACGCCAGCAAAACCACACAAUCUCACGCAUCGAAGACAAGGAACUAGCAGCCGAAAUCAAAUUGCACCUGCAGAGUUUGGGGAAAUAUAUUCGUGCACUGGAUAUUGUACAUUAUCUUGAUGAUCCCAUUGUGUGGAAUCACCAUGGUUUCAAGAAAUCGAUCGCUAUAAGCACUGCUCAGCGGUGGCUUCAGAAAUUGGGUUAUGGGUGGAAAAAGAGAAGAGGGGGCAGUAUUUCUAUGGUCACGAAUGUGACGAUGUCGUCCAUUAUCGCCAAAAUGUAUUUCUGCCUGCAUGGGGAAGCAUCGAAACCUACCUGCCAUAUUGUUGUUUGGUUCCACGAUGAAUCAACAUUCUAUGCAAAUGAUUGCCGCAAAGUGCGAUGGGAGCAUAUCGAAGAAGAUGCUCUACCCCAGCCAAAAGGGGAAGGUGCUUUGCUGAUGGUUGCACACUUUGUCUCAGCAGAUUAUGGCUUCCUUCAGUCCCCAGAUGGAAAAGAAAGUGCACAGGUUCUUUUCAAGGCAGGAAAAUUGCAUGAUGGAUAUUAUUCCAGCAAUGAAAUUCUAAAGCAUGCUGCCUGUGCAAUGAAUAUUCUUGAAAAACAUUAUCAAAAUGAAGACCAUAUCUUGGUCUUUGAUAAUGCCACAACGCAUGUGAAACAUGCUGAUGAUGCACUAUCUGCCCGACCUAUGCCAAAAAAACCAUCGAAAACAUGGGACGUAGAUGUGACCGUAACUGAUGACAACGGAAAGCCACUUAUGCACUCUGAUGGAAAACCAGCAAAAAAGAAAAUUCCAAUGGCUCCUGGAUGCCUUCGUAAUGGUACUCCACAGCUACUUUAUUUCCCCGAAGGUCACCCACAAGCUAGAUGGUACAAAGGGAUGGAACAAAUCUUGCAAGAACGAGGAUAUGACACAAAGGGUCUUCUAGCAGAGUCCAAGGGAUUCAAAUGCAAGGCAGGCCAAAAGGAUUGCUGUUGUUGCUGA